CCACCACCACCACCAAAGAUAUAAACAAAAGAGAGAGAGAAAAGAAAAGAAAAUGACCUCUCCCCUCCCACCCCACACCCAACCCACCACCGCCACAACCACAACCACAACAACAACAACACCACAAGGAAAUAUGCACAACCACCUCCCCCGCAUCACCAUCAAAUACUGCACCCAAUGUAAAUGGUUACUGCGCGCUGCAUACUUCGCCCAAGAACUCCUCUCCACAUUCAGCACCCAACUCGGCGAAGUAGCUCUCGUUCCUGCUACGGGGGGUGUGUUUACUGUUACGAUGUAUCACUCUUCUUCUACUUCUUCGACGGGUACGCAAGGGGAAGAGGUAGGUACAGGUACAGGUACAGGUGAGGAUGUUGAUAUCACUGAGACUAUUCUCUGGGAUAGGAAAACGAAUGGGGGGUUUCCUGGAAUGUCGUCGAUCCGAGUAGGGAUUUGGGACAUACGGAUCGGGCUUUGAGGGCUGCGAAUGUGCCGGUGCAGAGUCGGGAUGGGGAUGAAAAGGUCGUGGGGAAGAGUCAGGAGCAGGAGUCUACUACU